AUGGCCCCCGCCGCCGUCCUCCCCGAGCGCAACGCUCAGCCGGCACCCCUGGCCUCUCUGACGGCCGACUUCGACGACACGAUCCGCUUCUACCUCAACGGCACAAAGGUCAUCCUCGAAGACGUCGACCCCGACGUCACCGUGCUCGAGUACCUCCGCGGCAUCGGCUUGACGGGCACCAAACUCGGCUGCGGCGAAGGCGGUUGCGGCGCCUGUACCAUUGUCGUGAGCCAAUAUAACCCUACCACCAAGCAAAUCUACCAUGCCAGCAUCAAUGCCUGCCUGGCGCCCCUGGCCAGCCUCGAUGGCAAGCACGUCAUUACCAUCGAGGGCAUCGGCAACACUCAACGGCCUCAUCCCGCCCAGGAGCGCGUUGCGAAGGGAAACGGCAGCCAGUGCGGCUUCUGCACCCCCGGCAUCGUCAUGAGCUUGUAUGCGCUGCUGCGCAACAACUCGGCCCCCUCCUACGACGACAUUGAGGAGGCCUUUGACGGCAACCUGUGCCGCUGUACCGGCUACAGGCCCAUCUUGGACGCGGCCCAGACUUUUAGCUCUGCCGGCCACGGGAGCCCUGGCCGCACCGAGAGUGGCGGCUGCUGCAUGUCCAACGCCGACGGCCCCGUCAACGGCGUCUGCUGCAUGCAGAAGACGACGGCGCACGACGACCAGCCCAUUAAGCGCUUCACCCCCCCUGGCUUCAUCGAGUACAACCCCGACACCCAACUCAUCUUCCCUCCUGCGCUCAAGAAGCACGAGAUGCGGCCGCUGGCCUUUGGAAACAAGAGGAAGAAGUGGUACCGGCCCGUCACCCUCGACCAGCUCCUCCAGAUCAAAAGCGUGCAUCCCCAGGCCAAGAUCAUCGGCGGCAGCACCGAGACGCAAAUCGAAAUCAAGUUCAAGGCGCUGCAGUACCCAGUCUCCGUCUACGCCGGCGACAUUCCCGAGUUGCGCCAGUUUGCUCUGCACGACGACCACAUCGAAGUUGGCGGAAACGUCGUCUUGACCGACCUCGAGGACAUUUGCGCCGAGGCAAUCAAGCACUACGGCUGCGAGCGAGGCCAAGUCUUCGAGGGCAUCUUGAAGCAGCUCAAGUACUUUGCCGGAAGGCAGAUUCGCAACGUCGGCACGCCUGCCGGAAACCUUGCCACCGCCUCACCCAUUUCCGACUUGAACCCCGUGUUAUGGGCGGCAAAUGCUGUGCUCGUGGCCAGGUCGGCCACCAGCGAGACCGAGAUUCCCAUGGACCAGUUCUUCACGGGCUACCGCAAAACUGCCCUCCCUCAAGACGCCGUCAUUGCGUCCAUCAGGAUCCCCGCCUCCGCCAAGAAGGGCGAGUUUCUCCGUGCCUACAAGCAAGCGAAGCGCAAGGAUGACGACAUUGCCAUUGUCACAGGGGCAUUGAGGGUCAGGCUGGACGACGCGGGCGUCGUCGCCGAAUGCAGCUUAAUCUACGGCGGCAUGGCCGCCAUGACUGUGUCGGCCAAGACGGCCACCCAGUACCUCAUAGGGAGACGCUUUGCCGAGCUCGAGACUCUUGAAGGAGCCAUGAGCGCCCUAGGAGCCGACUUUGACCUACAGUUCAGCGUUCCCGGCGGCAUGGCCUCGUAUCGAAAGGCGCUUGCACUGGGCUUUUUCUAUCGCUUCUAUCACGACGUGCUCACGAACCUGGAUGGAAAGUGUGGGCAUGUCGACAAGGAGGCCAUCGAUGAGGUCGAGCGCUGCAUCUCCAAGGGAUCAGUCGACGAGCAAUCCUCUGUGGCCUACGAAAAGGAGAUUACGGGCAAAGCCAAUCCCCACCUCGCCGCGCUCAAGCAGACGACGGGCGAGGCCCAAUAUACCGACGACAUUCCUCCACUGAGGAACGAGCUGCACGGCUCCUGGGUUUUGUCGACAAAGCCUCACGCGAGGAUUAAGUCGAUUGACUACUCGGUGGCACUCGAUAUGCCCGGCGUGGCUGACUACGUCGACAAGGAUGACAUGCCGUCUGCGGAGGCUAACAAAUUUGGGGCUCCGCACUUCGACGAAGUCUUCUUCGCAGACGGUGUGGUGCACACGGCUGGCCAGCCCAUCGCCAUGAUCCUGGCCACGUCGGCGUCCAAGGCGCAAGAGGCGGCCAGGGCCGUCAAGGUAGAGUACGAGGAGCUCCCUGCGGUGCUGACCAUGGAAGAAGCCGUGGAGAAGGAAAGCUUCCACCCCUUUUACCGGGAAAUCAAGCGGGGAGACACCGAGGCAGCGUUCAAGAGCUGCGACCACGUAUUCACCGGCACCGUAAGGAUGGGCGGACAGGAACACUUUUACCUGGAGACGCAUGCGUGCCUGGUCAUUCCGAAGCCCGAGGAUGGAGAGAUGGAGGUCUUCGCCAGCACGCAAAACGCCAAUGAAACACAAGCAUUCGUGUCGCGAGUAUGCGAGGUGCAGGCAAACAAGGUUGUUGUCCGCGUCAAGAGACUCGGCGGCGGGUUCGGCGGCAAGGAGACGCGAUCAGUGGUCCUCAGCUCUGCGGCGGCAUUGGCGGCCAAGAAGACGAAGAGGCCGAUUCGCUGCAUGUUGACACGCGAGGAGGACAUGAUCGCCAUGGGCCAGCGGCAUCCCUUCCUGGCGAGGUACAAAGUCGGCGUCAACAAGGACGGCAAGCUGCAGGCGCUGGACCUUGACAUCUUCAACAAUGCCGGGUGGACGUUUGAUCUCAGCGCCAGCGUCAACGAGCGCGCCUUGACACACUGCGACGGUUGCUACGACAUCCCCAACGUCUUUGUCCGAGGCCGCGUCUGCAGGACGAACACCAUGUCCAACACGGCCUUUCGCGGCUUCGGAGGCCCGCAGGGCAUGUUCAUCGCCGAGACGUACAUGGAGGAGACGGCGGACCGGCUGGGCAUGGCCGUGGAGAGGCUUCGAGAAGUCAACUUUUACGGGCCCUACGGCAUCACGCACUUUAACCAGACGCUCGGGGACUGGCACGUCCCCCUCAUGUACCAGCAGGUGCAGGACGAGUCGUCGUAUCCCGAGCGACGAAUCAUGGUCGACAGGUUCAACCAAGAGUACAAGUGGCGCAAGAGGGGCCUGGCGCUGAUACCGACCAAGUUUGGCAUCUCUUUUACGGCCCUGUUCCUCAACCAGGCCGGGGCGCUGGUGCACAUCUACCACGACGGGUCCGUCCUGGUGGCGCACGGCGGGACGGAGAUGGGCCAGGGCCUGCACACGAAGCUGGCGCAGAUCGCGGCGCAGGCGCUGUCGGUGCCGCUGGACGGCGUCUUCAUCUCGGAGACGGCGACCAACACGGUUGCCAACGCAUCGGCGACGGCGGCGUCUGCGUCGUCGGACCUCAACGGCUACGCCGUCUACAACGCCUGCCAGCAGCUCAACGAGCGGCUCGCGCCGUACCGGGACAAGCUGGGCGGCGGGGCGACGAUGAAGGACCUGGCGCACGCGGCCUACUUUGACCGGGUCAACCUGUCGGCGCAGGGCUUCUACAAGACGCCCGACAUUGGGUACGUGUGGGGCGAGAACAAGGGCCAGAUGUUCUUCUACUUUACGCAGGGCGUGGCGGCGGCCGAGGUCGAGGUGGACACGCUGACGGGGACGUGGACGUGCGUGCGGGCCGACAUCAAGAUGGACGUCGGGCAGUCCAUCAACCCGUCCAUCGACUACGGGCAGAUCCAGGGUGCCUUUGUGCAGGGGCUGGGCCUCUUCACCAUGGAAGAGUCGCUGUGGCUGCGCAACGGGCCGGCGGGGGGCAACCUGUUUACGCGGGGGCCCGGGGCGUACAAGAUCCCCGGGUUCCGCGACAUACCGCAGGAGUUCAACGUGACACUGCUCAAGGACGUCGAGUGGAAGGAGCUGCGGACGAUCCAGCGCAGCAGGGGCGUCGGGGAGCCGCCACUGUUCCUGGGCAGCGCCGUCUUCUUCGCCCUCCGCGACGCGCUCAAGGCGGCGAGGCGGGCGGCCGGGGUGGAGGCGGCGGUGGGCAAGGACAACGACGACGGCCUGCUGAGACUCGAGAGCCCGGCGACGCCCGAGAGGAUUCGGCUGGCGUGCGAGGAUGAGAUUAUGAGGAGGGCGCGGGUGGUGCCGAAGCCGGGGGAGAAGAGCUUCUUUGUGGCCAUUUAG